AUGGUGAAUGCAGCGGGGGAUGCUGCUCCACGGAGGGCUCAGGCAGAUGCUGGAGUGCUCGUGAGCGCGUGCGCCUCGGUGUCACGUCACGGAGGCGCGCGCCGCGUUCAGCACCACGGCCAGAGCUCAGAGAACAAUAGAGGCGGGGGGAGGGAAAGAAAGAGCGGAGAGAGGGACCCGGGCGAAGAAGAACAAGAGCCCGAGCACAAGCAGCCAGCCGCCGGGGACACUCCAACACCGAGACGGGCUCCACGCAUCGCCACACGCGGGGACAAAGCGGACUACAAGCCUCCAAGCCCCGGGAUAGAUCCUGCUCCUUAUUGCGCGUGUUGGCACAACCACGGUCCAAAACACAUCGGUCGCCCCUCUCUUGGGAACCCCGUCCUGCUGUGCCAGACGUCUCUCCACGCUGUCCCGAUGAAGGAAGCCGAUGCCAUUAAGCUUUUUGUGGGGCAGAUUCCCCGAAAUCUGGAAGAGAAGGACCUCAAGCCUAUUUUUGAGCAGUUCGGCAAAAUCUACGAGCUAACGGUGAUAAAGGACAAAUACACAGGCAUGCACAAAGUGCUGGUGACAGGAUGUGCGUUCCUGACAUACUGUGCGAGAGAGUCGGCCCUCAAAGCCCAGAGCGCUCUGCAUGAGCAGAAGACAUUACCCGGGAUGAACCGGCCGAUCCAGGUGAAGCCAGCGGACAGCGAGGGCAGAGGAGAGGACAGAAAACUGUUCGUGGGGAUGUUGGGGAAGCAGCAGAGCGACGAAGAUGUCAGACGGCUGUUCGAACCGUUCGGCAGCAUAGAUGAGUGCACGGUGCUGAGAGGCCCAGACGGCACCAGCAAAGGAUGUGCGUUCGUAAAGUUCCAGUCCCACGCCGAGGCCCAGGCCGCCAUCAACAGCCUCCACGGCAGUCGCACGAUGCCGGGGGCGUCGUCGAGCCUGGUGGUGAAGUUUGCAGACACAGAGAAGGAGCGCGGCCUCCGGAGGAUGCAGCAGGUGGCCUCACAGCUCGGCAUCUUCAGCCCCAUGACCCUCAACUUCCCCGCCUACAACGCAUACACACAGGCCGUGAACGCACAGCUUGUCCAACAGCAGGCCCUCGUUGCCCAGUCAGCGUACUUGUCUCCGGUGGCAACAGUUGCGGCGGUGCAGAUGCAGCAGAUGGCCGCUCUCAACGCUAACGGAAUCAUCACGGCGCCCAUCACUCCCCUCACGCCGUCGUCGGGCACAAACACUCCACCCACAAUCGCAGCCACACCGGUGUCCGCACUGGCUCCCAUGAACGGAUACAGCAGUGUUCCCGCCCCGACCAAUGGGCAACAAGCUACCGAAGCACUGUACACCAACGGGGUCCAUUCCUAUCAAGCUCAAAGCCCGGCUGCCUUGGAUCCUCUACAACAGGCUUAUGCAGGGAUGCAACAUUACACAGCGGCGUAUCCGGCUGCGUACGGAUUGGUCGGGCAGCCGUUCCCCCAGCAGCCCACAUUGGUUACCCAGCAACACCAGCAGCCCCAGCAACAGCAGCAGCGAGAAGGUCCAGAGGGUUGUAACAUCUUCAUCUACCACCUGCCCCAGGAGUUCAGCGACUCUGAGAUGCUGCAAAUGUUCCUCCCCUUCGGCAAUGUCAUCUCCGCCAAAGUCUUUGUGGACCGCGCCACAAAUCAGAGCAAAUGCUUCGGAUUUGUAAGUUUUGACAACCCCGCCAGUGCUCAGGCUGCGAUCCAGGCCAUGAACGGCUUCCAGAUCGGGAUGAAGAGACUUAAAGUUCAGUUGAAAAGGCCCAAAGACGCCAACCGCCCCUACUGA